CCUGUGCGCGCUUUCGUUCCAAAGGGGGCUGUCUGUCUUUGAUGGGAUCCAGCUGUUGGCCAAGUGCUCCGGGGGCCCGUUUAUUUGCAUUGCUAAACAAUCCGUGGAGUGGGCCGAGUACGGAGAAAUACAGCAAGUUUUCUCUUUUUUAUAUAGUAAGACCCUCCUCUUACUAUUGGUCAAUGUUCUCACACGUUCUUGCCAUCGGUCGACAGGGCGGCCGCGUCGGGUGACCAAAGCCAAGUGUCUCGACAUUCAAGUGAAGGCGCGUACGCGGAGGGGGCGUUUGGGCACUUCGUUUUGCGCUUUGGGUCCUGCGAGCCCGUAAAGGUCGUAAAACCACAAAAAUCAAAACUUUCUAUUUCGAGGAAUUUACGGGUUGGCGGUGUGACGUUCUUUCCAAGGGAACCACAAGGAUCCACAUAAACAUGUCAUUUGAACUACGUGGCUUGAGUUGGUCGACCAACAAAAGAAUGUUGUCAGUUUUAAUAUGUAUCAUAUGCUGCAUUCACUCUGGGAAAAGUCAGACUUGCACAGAUGGAUUUACUUAUGACCGCCGUGCCAGACAGUGUAUCGACAUUGAUGAGUGCCGGACACUGCCAGACCCGUGUCGGGGUGACAUGCAGUGCGUAAAUCAGAACGGUGGAUACCUGUGCAUCCCCCGCGGACUCUACUCCCAAUCUUAUGCCCGGAACAGUGCCCGCUCCUACCCUGAGACUUCCUAUCCUGAAGAGUCCUACCCUGACAGAUCGUUGGGAUACUCUGAAUCAUUCGUUCCUAACGUUCCUCCUGCCGGAGCAGGUACUGGUCCAGGCCCCGGUCCGAGCUAUCCAAUAGUGAGCCGGUCCACUCCCUGCAUCCUCGGAUAUACACUUGGUGCCGGUGGCACUUGUGUUGAUGUCGAUGAAUGUGAGGCAGAGUCACACCAGUGUAAUCCAACUCAGGUGUGUAUAAAUACAGCCGGUGGAUAUACCUGCUCAUGUACUGAGGGCUACUGGCUGGUGGGUGGACAGUGCCAAGAUAUUGAUGAGUGUCGCUAUGGUUACUGCCAGCAGCUGUGCGCUAACGUCCCUGGCUCAUAUUCCUGCUCCUGUAGCCCUGGAUUCCUCCUUAAUACAGAUAGCAGGACAUGCCAAGAUGUGGACGAGUGUGAGACAACCCCAUGCUCUCACGGCUGUUUGAACACGUACGGCUCAUUCAUGUGCACCUGUGACGAGGGCUUCGAGCUCGCCUCUGAUGGAACCACCUGCAAUGAUCUGGACGAGUGCAGUUUCUCAGACUUCCUUUGUCAACACACAUGUGUGAACACACCAGGAUCGUUCUCCUGCGUGUGUCCGCCUGGAUAUUACGUGUAUGAAGAUGGAAGGAGCUGUGAAGACCUCAAUGAAUGUGAGUCUGGUAACAACACCUGUACAGCAGCACAAGUGUGUUUCAAUUUCCAGGGAGGUUACACAUGUCUGGACCCUCUUAGAUGCGAUCCACCUUACAUAGAGCUCAGUGACAAUCAGUGCAUGUGUUCUGCGGAGAAUCCCGCGUGUCGGGAAAGACCUUUUACUGUCCUGUACAGGCAUAUGGAUUUGUCUUCUGGCCGCAGUGUUCCUGCCGAUAUAUUUCAAAUGCAGGCCACCACACGUUACCCUGGAGCAUUUUACAUCUUUCAGAUCAAGUCUGGCAAUGAGGGGCGAGAGUUUUACAUGCGGCAAACCAGUAAUAUCAGUGCAACUUUGGUUCUGGCCCGGCCCAUUAAAGGACCGAAGACUAUCGUUCUAGACCUAGAGAUGGUUACCGUUAACAACGUCAUCAACUUCCGUGGCAGUUCAAUCAUCCGCCUCACAAUAUUUGUGUCCGAACAUCCAUUCUGAGGCUUUACAAAUGAACCUCUGACCUCUCACCUCUUCAUGGCCCCAUACCUCUAUCUUGGACUUCCUGUUACUGCACUACCCGUCAGGCAGCUGCAUAUCUUCAUUUUGUUUGUUCUCUGGAUCUGGACUCUGAUAUUUCAUAAUUCAGGUUUUUGAUUAGGCUGCCUGGCUGUCAUUGUCAUCUGCAGUCACACGCAUGUACCCGUACACAGAAGAAUAUUUAUGUUGUGUUUUUUUUUCUUGUUUGUCUUACAUUUCCCAUUGUGCUUUUUCUUGCCACAAUCGCAAAU